GGGAGAACUGCAGUAGGGUCUUUAUACACGUUCCGGGGCAGCUUCAACUGGUACUUAUAUUUUGCAGAUUCCGGGGCUGGUCCGCUUUCUCUCGAUGUAAUCUGAUCCCGUGCAAGUGUCUUGGAACCAUCAUCAGCUUUCACAAUUCUGAAAGGGAGUUGACUUGAGCGACCGAAGAACAUACGUUGAAUUCAGCAGGAGUGUACCUGGGAAAUAGACAUCAUCCACCAACCUACAGCGAUUGGACUGAGGACAGUUGAGAUGCAUGGCCUGUAAGCAGCCAGCGCCAGCGAUGGCUCACAGGAAGAGGCCAGGGACCAGUGGCUCCAGCUGCAGCAUGGUGGAGCCCCCCGCCCGGCCGCCCUGCCCCGCCGCCUACCCCCCAGAGCAGCACAGCCAGGACCAUGAGGAGGGGCCUGGGGAGGGGGAGGAGGAGGAGGAGGAGGAGGUCCACUACUGCCGCCAGCAGGGACUGAAGCCAGAGCUGACGGACAGCCGGCCGCCCACACCUACUACACCGGAGCCGGAACACGAGCAUGAACACAGCCAUGACCACGAUCACCCAGACUGCCAGGACCAUGAUGACCACAGUCACAGCGACGACCAUGCAGAGUGCCAAGGCCACACCACGCAGCAUGCAGACUGUCAUGGUCACGAUCACGGUCACAGUCACGACGAUGUAGACUGCCAUGACCACGACCAUGGCCAUGUCCAGAGUCACAUCAAUGACCACGACCAUGCAGGCUGCCAAGGCCACCGCCACGACCACGCCUGGGACAGCCUGGACGGAGACUCCAGCUCUGACUAUGUAAACAACACCUCAGAGGAGGAGGACUAUGAUGAAGGUCUGCCGGAGGAGGACGAGGGCGUCACCUACUACAUCCUAUGCCCUGAGGAUGACAGCUACCUGGAGGGCAGCAUGGACUGCAAUGAGGCCGAGGCUGACUACCGCCAGCACCGUGCAGCACGCCCGGGCUGAGCCGCCGCCGACACAGACGAGUGCCAGGAGGCGGUGGAGGAGUGGGUGGAGGGAGAGGGGGGGUGGAGGUGGGAGAGGUGCGCUGACAAUGGGAACUCUGUGGUUCACGUACCGCGGUCUCCAUACCGUGGCCGUAAGGUGGUAGGAGGGGGAGACGGGGAGGAGAGGGAGGAGGACAUUGACCAGAUAGUGGCAGAGAUCAAGAUGAGUAUGAGCAUGGGUAGCCUGAGCAGUGGUGGGACUGACCAGAGCCUGAGGAGCUGGUGCAAGACAGUGCACCCAGUGAUUCCACCCCCUGAGGCCCAUGCCAAGCCUGAGCCUGCCCCCUACACCCCAACCCCACACCGCCACGACAGCAGACCCAAGUCCCCCAACCUCCCCUCCACACGACACAACAACCCUGAUCUCCAGAGGGGCUUCAAGUUCGCCCCCAUGGAGGAGCGACAGCGGUGGGCUCAAGAACAGAUGACCAACGGUGCAGAGCAGCCCAGGAAACAGCAGCGCUCUGACCUCAACGCGCCGCUGGAGAACAACAAUGUCCCGGAGGAAACAAAGAAAGCUGCAUCUUUCCCCAGCUUUUCUUCCCAGCCUGGGCCCUGUGAGCCGGAAGAUCUUAUUGAUGGCAACCUUGCUGCUAACCACCUGGGCUCCACCCAGCUGCUUCUGAGAGGAACCGUCAAGAACAUCCGCAUGAUGCAGGCCCAGGAGGCUGUCAGCCGGGUCAAGAGGGUUCAGAAGGCUGCCAAAAUCAAGAAAAAAGGCGGUAGCCCAGAGGGGGACGCACACACACUGACAGAGGUGGACCUCUUCAUCUCCACCCAGAGGAUCAAAGUGCUCAACGCAGACACACAGGAAACUAUGAUGGACAACGCCCUGCGCACCAUCUCCUACAUAGCUGACAUUGGGAACAUUGUGGUGCUGAUGGCGGCGCCGCAUGCCCCCACAGCCUCCCAGGACUGCACCGAGACCACACCUGGAGCCCCAGAGGCCAAGAAACAGUACAAGAUGAUCUGCCACGCCUUUGAGUCUGAGGACGCCCAGCUCAUAGCCCAGUCGAUUGGGCAGUCAUUUAGCGUGGCCUACCAGGAGUUCCUGAGGGCCAACGGCAUCAACCCAGAGGACCUGAGUCAGAAGGAGUACAGUGACAUCAUCAACACGCAGGAGAUGUACAACGAUGACCUCAUCCACUUCUCCAACUCUGAGAACUGCAAAGAGCUGCAGCUGGAGAAGCAUAAGGGAGAGAUCCUGGGCGUGGUCAUAGUGGAGUCUGGCUGGGGCUCCAUCCUGCCCACGGUCAUCCUGGCCAACAUGAUGAACGGUGGGCCGGCCGCCCGCUCCGGGAAGCUCAGCAUCGGAGACCAGAUCAUGUCCAUCAACAACACCAGCCUGGUAGGGCUGCCGCUCGCCACCUGUCAGGGAAUCAUCAAGGGCCUGAAGAACCAGGUGCAGGUGAAGCUGAACAUUGGAGCCUGUCCCCCUGUCACCACCGUGCUCAUCAAGAGGCCAGACCUCAAGUACCAGCUGGGCUUCAGCGUCCAGAAUGGGAUUAUCUGCAGCCUGAUGCGUGGGGGUAUUGCUGAGCGAGGGGGUGUCCGGGUUGGCCACCGCAUUAUUGAGAUCAAUGGCCAAAGCGUGGUGGCUACAGCACAUGAGAAGAUUGUCCAAGCCCUCUCAAACUCUGUGGGCGAGAUUCACAUGAAGACAAUGCGCGCCAUGUUCAGACUCUUAACAGGACAGGAGACUCCUAUGUAUAUUUAAACCAAGGACAGAUCCCAUUCUCCUCCACAGAGGAGCUGUAAGCAGCGGUUGUUUACAGUCCAGUUGGAGAGCUCUGGGUGGACAAGACAAGACUAGCAGACUAAUGAGUGUCUGAGGAUGGCUAGUGAGCCAGAGUGAUUUUCUUUAUUUUGUGUCGAUGACUUAUAAUUUUUUCAUCUCAUCUUUUUUUAUUUAACAUUCAUUCAACUGACACUCCCUAUAUUUUGCUGAUGUUAAUACUAAAGAGGGUCAUCUGGGCAGAAGGUGUUUACCUUAUUUAUUUGUGUUGUUUGUGUUUUUUGGAUGUCAGUAUUUUUUAUAUCCAUAUCAAUGUAAUAUUGUACCUGCAUAUUGUUUCAUUUAGUUUUCUUUGUUGUAUUUAUUUGUAGUGUAAAUACAUAUUUUGGUAAUGGGGAAGGACCAUGGUUGCUUUGUACAUAUUUAUUGACUUUUCCUGCUGGUUUGAUAGCAGGGAAAAGAGCCCUGGACUGCUAAAGGACAAUUGAAAUCCUGUUGUUAAUAUAGUUUAGCUGGACAGUAAAAGGGUGUUUGGGAGUGACUUGGGUAAUAUCAUUUUGUUUAUAUUUAUCAAGCAAAUGCUAGCAGUAGAGGUUGUAUGUUACAAAACGCCAUAUCCCUUCAGAUUUGAACUUUUUCAUUUUAUAGAAGUUCAACCUCAUCAUGAUAACAAGUCAUGAUGAGGUAAAGGUUUUUGACUAGUGUGCAAGUAUUUUUUUAACUUCCAUAUGUCAACACAAUUUAUUGGACAGCACUGUCUCUCACACAUUUUAAUAACAGUUCAUUCAAAACUGUUGAACUUAACAUUGGUUUGAUUUUCAAAAUAAUAAGCAAUGUAUGAAACUUGAAAGGGUCGUUUCUAUGUGUGCUAUGUUCA